AUGCCGGUCACCAAGGUGCAAUUCUACCAUGGGGACAAGGAGCCGCCAGGAAGCAGCAGGAAAGAGUCCCACCGUGCCACCAGCCUGCAGGAUCCCCAGGUGACCUACGCGGAGCUGCAGGGACCCCAGGGGCAACCACGGGAACUCGGUGACAUCUACGGGAAUAGCCGCCACCCAGGGGAGCAGUGGCCACAGCAGCAAAUGACAGCCAGUGCACAUGUUUGGGGACACCAGGAUGGCCGGGAAGCCCAGACCCUCAGCCUCGCUGGUGCCCAGACCACCCAGCUCCUGGUGGAGCCCUCCUGGAGGCCGGCGGUGCUCUGGGACCGGGUGACACUGAUCUGCCAGGGCUCGGGGACUGCCGGUGCCACCACCUGGUACAAGGACAGGCAGCGUUGCUGGCAGGAGGGACAGGACCGCCUCAGUGUCACCGAGAGUGGCACCUACACAUGUGACAGACCUGGCACUGGGCGCAGCCCCUCCUUGACAGUCUUAGAUGACCCACUGGCGCUGCAGGUGUCAGCGCAGGCACUGCUGGAGGGGGACACCUUGACACUGCGCUGCUGGUGCCGGCAGGACAACCAUCUCACCAGGGUGCAAUUUUACUGGGAGGAGAAGGAUCUCAGGGGGUCCCUCAGGGGGACCAAGCUGUCCCUUUCACCUCUGCAGCGGCACCACAGUGGCCGCUACAGAUGUGAGGGCUUGGUGGGGUCCUGGCAGUCACGGUCAGCACCAGUGACAGUGACAGUGCAUGAGCUCUUCUCGGUGCCAGUACUGAAGGGUCCCCACGAGCUCACUGAGGGGUCCCCCCUGAAUCUCAGCUGCCUCAGCACCCCCAACACCCUGAGGCCCCGAGCCCCCCUCCUGCACGUGUUCUACCAGGACCGACAGGUGGUGGGGGGCCCGCAGAGGUCCCCGCAGCUGCUGGUGCCCACUGUGAGGGUCUCCCACUCGGGGAAUUAUGGCUGUGAGGUGCACUCCCAGGGGGGGUCCGUGCAGAAGAGCAGCAACCGGCUCCUCGUCAUGGUGUGCAGGGUCCCGCCCUCGGGGGUGUCCCUGUCAGCGCAGCCCCCUGGGGGACAGGUGGCACUCGGGGACAGCCUGGUGCUGAGCUGUGCGGUGGCCAUAGGGACAGGUCCCCUGUCCUUCUCCUUGCACCGGGAGGGCUCAGGGGCAUUGCUGGGAAUUGGCCCCUGCCUGGAGCUGUGCCAUGCUGGGGACAAUGACAGCGGCCAGUACCGGUGCCGGGUCAGCGAUGGGGACAGCGUGGCUGAGAGUGACCUCCUGAAUGUCACUGUCCUGGUGCCCGUAGCCAAUGCUACCAUCACUCCCGGUCCCCUGUCACACCAGGUGCGUGCAGGUGACAACAUGACCCUGCGCUGCUUGGUGCAGGUGGGCUCAGCCCCUGUCACCUUCACCUGGCUGCACAAUGGGCAGGAGGUGGCCUGGGGUCCCCUCCUGGAGCUCAGGGACAUCGAUGUGGGACAUUCGGGCACCUACCAGUGCGUGGCCACCAACCAGCUGGGACAGGACGGGCACCGCGUGUUCCGGGCUCUCAGCCCUGAGCUGGCCCUGGAGGUGACACCUGGCUCACCCUGGGUCACAGUGGCCUCAGGGGUCGGUGGGGCCCUUUUCUUCCUGCUCCUGCUCGUGGGUGUCAUUGUGACCUGCCACUGGUGGCACCAUGUGGUUGCCAGGAAGAACCAGGAAAGGGCCCCCCCGGAUUCCCCGGCCCCCCCAGAGGAGGGGGAGGGGCUGUACACCCACAUUGUGGUCACCAAGAAGGCAGGGGUGUUCUUCUACCGAGAGGGGAAGGAACUGGGGAGGCUCCGCUAUGGCACCGAGCUGUCCCUGCCCACUCUGCAGCUGAACCACAGCGGCAGCUACAGCUGCAAGGGCCGGGUGAAAUUCGGGACAUCAGAGAAGUCGUGGCGGUCAGUGCCGGUGAGAGUGACAGUGCAUGGGACAGGCCCCCUGUCCUUCUGGCACCGGGAGGGCUCAGGGGCACUGCUGGGGACCACGCUCCGCCUGGAGCUGCACCAUGUUGGGGACAAUGACAGCGGACAGUACCAGUGCCAGGGCUCCCCAGAACACCCUUAUCCCCUGCAGGUGGGGGAGGGGCAGGACAUGAGGGGGCAGGAGGACCCCCAGGGGACCCACGCAGAUCUGCCAGGACCACAUGGGCGACUGCAGGACACCAGUGACAUCCAUGGGAACGUGCUGUGA